AUGCCAAGGAUGGACACCCAACAUAGUGAACUAAGCAUCGAGGAUGUACUGUCGAUACACAGGCAUUGGAUCACAAAAUUAUAUAUCGAAGACCAUAUGAACGAGCAAGAAAUCGUUGACUUGCUAUAUGAGCGCCGGCUCACCGUCACACCAUCACAAAUACAACGCUGUCUCCGAGAAUGGAACUCGACGACGACCACUUCACCAUCUUUCUGUUCCUCAAGAAGCACUUCAAGCCUGCCCUCUACCACAGACUCUGACGAUUGGCAUGCACUCCGCUGCCCAUCCUCCCCGUCCUCCAUUUCUACAUCCGUCGAAGAGCCCCAUUUCGCGGAACUGUAUAAGAAGAGACCACUUCCGUCCCUACCAUCAUCUCGGCCUCUGAUACCCCCAAAAGUCUGCAAAGAAAGAAAGAGGCAAUCUACAGGCUACACUCGAGACUCGCUGGAGACUCAAUGUCAUGAUGGUUCCUUGAGAGAGCCUACAAAGGUUGGGAUGAAGCCAGGGAGAGGUGUUAUACCGAAAGGACCUAGUCCACUGCAGAUAUAUGCUUUAGAUCAACAGAGUCAUGAACGACUGGCAGUGGGGUUGGGGAGGGUGUCUAGUUUGAGGGGGAUUGACAUUGGGGCGCAACGGGGAGAGCGCAAGGGAAAUGAGAGUGGAGGUUAA